CGACGAGGGAAAGUGGUUGUCGCAGGAGUCUUCUGUUGGUGUUCGGUUCUAGCCUGAUAUCAUUUCGAAGCUUUGACUGCCUAUUUCUGUUGUAGUUUUCAUUGGAGGGAUAUUCGGGAGGUAUACAAUAGCGAGUCUUAACAUUACCAUUGAGCAGCAUGCAAGGUCACAACAAAUCGACAAAGAAAUACAAAAAGACAGACAGCGAUACAGACGGCAGGUCAAGUUGUUAUUACUGGGAGCAGGAGAGAGCGGUAAAUCAACAUUCCUUAAACAGAUGCGAAUUAUUCACGGGUAUCGUUUCGCUCAUGAUGAGAUUGAAGAAUACAGACAAACUAUAUACAAAAAUAUUGUGAUGGGCAUGAAGGUCUUAUUAGAUGCAAGAGAUAAAUUAAGAAUACCUUGGGGUGACCCUGAUCGAGAGCAAUAUGGACAUCACGUUAUGAAAUUUAUGGGUUCCAUGUCCUUAGAUAGACAUGUAUUUAUGGAAUAUUCUCCUAGUGUUAAAGAACUGUGGAAAGAUAGUGGUAUUCGGCAAGCAUACAGUAGACGGGCAGAGUACCAGUUGAUGGAUAGUGUAUCAUACUUCUUCAAUGACUUAGAUAGAAUAGCAAUAUUGGAAUACAUUCCAACUGAUAAAGAUAUACUACAUUGUCGAAAGGCUACCAAGGCAAUCACAGAAUUUACUAUACCUAUCCAAAAUGUACCCUUCCUAUUUGUGGAUGUUGGUGGACAGCGAACGCAAAGACAGAAGUGGUUCCAGUGUUUUGAAAGUGUCACAUCCAUUCUAUUUCUUGCAUCAUCUUCAGAAUUUGAUCAAAGACUGCUAGAAGAUAGAAUCACCAAUAGACUUGAAGAGUCCCUUAAUAUAUUUGGAACAAUCGUCAACAAUCGUAGUUUUCGAGAUGUGUCUAUCAUUCUUUUUCUGAACAAGACAGAUCUUCUCAUUCAGAAAAUUCGCUCUAGACAGAGCAAUAUUUCUCACUACUUCACAGAUUUUGUGGGCAACCCACAUGAUGAGAAGUGUGUUCAGCAGUUCAUCCUACACAAAUUUGUUGAGCAGCGGAGAGCUGAUAACAAUCGUAGGCCACUUUUCCAUCACUUCACCACUGCAGUUGACACUGAGAACAUUAAGGUUGUAUUUAAUUCUGUCAAAGAUACGAUUCUUCAGCGAAAUUUGGAAACACUAAUGUUACAAUGAAGCUUAUCAAUAGAUGUGCUGCACAGUCUUUUGGAGACAAGUAUUCUUGUGGCAAGUAAGUGUAUUUGGAAACCAUUUAAUUUGCUGUGUAUACUCCGUAUUUGAAAAAAAUGGAAAAGGCAGCUUUGUGAUUGCUGCUUAGAACCAGUUUAAUUUUCUCUCAAUUGAAGUUUUACCCUAUACACAGGUGCUUUUAUAAAUGACCAAGGUUGAAGUGAGGCAGCUUGCGUUGAUUAUUUUGUUCUUUCACAAGUCUCAAGGUGUAAAAGUUAUAUUGCACAAGCUGUUAAGUAGACAACUUGCAUUUUUUAGCUGUUAUCGCCAAGGUUACUAGUGAAAAUUACACAGACAUGAAGUUGAAUCUAAGCCCUUAUGAUCAUCAUUCCAAAGUAGUUUUGAAGUUUGAAUUGUUUUUGUAUAUUUAUCCUUUGAUAGAAAUACCUUAUAUGUAAAUGUGAUAGUAGAGGAUCCAAGAGAAUUUAAUAGACAAUACAAAAUCGUUAGUAAAAGUUUUUUGCGUAUGAUAUAGUUUUCAUAUGAUAUAUAUGUAUAUACAUUUAUUCCCUUUUGGAUGGAAAGUCUUUCCUAUAAAGUAACAAAUGCUCAAUGUGUAGGAGGGCAGACUUAUUUUUGUUUAUAAUGAACUUAGUAGAUACCAUUUGUAGAAAUACACAGACCUUCACGAGUGAGAUGCUAUAGAAGAAUCAGAAAGUGUUUGGAUAUUCAAGAUUGUUGUUGAAUAUUACGAGUAGAAUUUUAGUGGAGUUUCAUUAGUGAUGCAAUGCGACACAGAUGGGGGAAAUUUUUUCAGUAGCCUUGGUUGAAUGAUGGCUGUUUUAAAUGCAGCUGUACAUUUUAUUUUUUUUACAUGUAAUAUACAACAUUGUGACCCCCAAUUAAAGGUUAGUUUAUUUUAAUUACUUUAUGUUGGUAUAUUUGAGAAAGGCUAAGGAGUCUGACUAGUUUUUGAUUACAGUACUGUAGCUGUUUUAAAGCUGCCAGAUACCGAUUACUAAGGAGAGUGUGAUAAAGCUGUUAGGUGACAGUUGCCAAUUUUAGGCAAGAGUUGCUUAAGAUGAUCAUAUUGUCCCCUUUUUAUGCAGGAAAUUGAAUGUCACAAAGAGAACAGUCCACAUGUCACAAAGAGUUUAGUCCAAAGUCAUUAGUGUGUCUUUUUGUUAGUAAGUGUUAAUUCUAUAAUUCGUUUUUUGAAGAGUUUGGUUUGCUGUCAUUCUCUCCACCAUAAGUUUGUUGUCAUUUUUAGGGUCAUGUUCUGAAUUUAUAUUUCCAUUGAAGGUCAGGGUAUUAAUUGACCUACACAUUUAAGAGUAUUCUCAUUAUAAUACCAACAUGCUGUUUAUGAUACUUAUGAAGAAUGUCUCCCUAAGUUGCCUCAAGGGGAUUACUUGUCAUAUCAUAAUAUUUUUUGUAGAACAGUACAAUACUCAGUUUGUUAAUGCUUUUCUCAAGUUGUUUGAAACUUGGUGCGAAAGGUACAUACAUCGUUUCCUGAAAACAGUUUAAUGUGGUCUACUGAAUAUACUCAUGUGAUUAUGAUGAUUUGUGACAUUUGGGAAGUGACUUACAAUCAAGAAUCAAUUAAUGCACAUAAAGUCCAGAGUAUAUAUAAAGCCCAGCUGAUAUGCAUUUAAUGCUGUAAAAUUAUUUUAUUAUUUCAUAAUUUUAAGACUAUAGUUUUUGUUUACCUGUUACUCACUUAGUUUUAUAUAUUGUCAUUAUGAAAUUUUAAGGUUUGGUUUAUUUAGGUCUUCAAUAAAUUUAUGCAGCUACAUUUAUGGGUUGUCAUAUGAUGGGCUGAAGAUUAGAACCCCAGUUGCUUUUACAGGAAGACAAUCUUAGAUUUAUGGUGGCUCUUGUCCAAGAAGGCUUUUCAAGAGUUGUUUGUUUUUCUGGAGAAGGCUAACUCAUGUUGUGCCAAAAGAUUUAUGUUAAUAACAAUUUUUAAAAAAGUAGAUUACCAUAUCAUUAGCUAUGAAGGUUAGCCAUGACUCAAGAACAGUCUGUUAGGUUAUGGUAAGUUCAUCUGGUGUUAAUAUUUUUUAUCUAACCAAAGUUCAUCUGUUGUUAAUAUUCUUAUCUUUUGUUAUUAAGAAUUGGGUGGCUUUGCAACAGAUUUUAAGUCUUUACAUUUUAGGUCUCAGUCCAGAUUCAGAUAUGAUUGACAGGAAGCAUAAGCUAUUAAAGUAUUGUUUGCUGACAUAUCAAGUGCAAGUCUUGUUGCAGGUGGUAGUCUCUCAUUUUGCUUUCUUGUCAAUGUCUGAUGAAAACAUUAACAAUAUUGGUAAGAUUAUUAUAGCAUCUUUGAAAGAAAUUAAUAAAGCGUAAAGAGGUGCUUGGAUUACAGGUAAAUCAAGAAUAUCCCAUUAGUAAACAGCAAAAAUCUUUAGUAGGUGUAUAAGGCCUGUACUUGCAAAAAACAUGGAGGAGAUUCAGAAGAGAUGUAGCUACAAAGGGGGUGAGAUUCAUCAGUAAAGUGCACAGGGAUGAUUAUAUUAUGAGUUUGUGUGGGCAUCAAGAUGUAACCUUCCAUUUCACCCAAAAAUCAUAGUCUUGGAAGGCUGCAUUCAUGCUUACAUGCCUUAUAACCACUGCUUCUGACUGUUCAGCCCUUUUCAUUAAACUUAACAUUAUUUCCAAUAUUAGACACAUUAGGCAUGAUUUUCAUCAUGGUGUUUGUAAGCUUUAGAACUUUGGUGUGGCUAACAUUUUAAUAAUAAUAAUAAUAAUAAUAACUGCGAGAAGCAUAAGUUGCGGGUGCACUAUUCCCAAGUUGAGUGAUACUGGAAAUGAAAAUACAAAUAAAUAAAAGUGUAUAGAUGUGUAGUCACUAAAAAUAAUAUUUACAGUAUAUGGCUUUGUUUCAGCUAAUUGUGAAUGACACGUGUAAGACAAGUCCUGUGAAUAAAUUUUAAAAGGAUCCCAAGCCAUGUCAACUCAUUUAGUUAUGAUGUUAAGAAGUUGUAAUCUACUAAGAAUGGUUAAAUUAUAAAGAACUAGUUUUCAGACUAGGCCAGCAAGAGUUGAGUAAAUAUAUGGGUUUAGUUAAGAUUAUCAUGAAAUUUACCUUAAUGUGAAAUCUGUUUUGUAUUCUUAUAGUAGUGAUUUUUGACAAUGUGGUACCAUAUAGGAAAAAUGUUAUUCUGGAAUAAAGAAAUAUACAGGUAAGGCAACACAGACCUAUUUAAGUUUAGAGUGAAGGGCAAUAGAAAAGGAAGAGCUAAAACAAAACUACUUAUGACAAAGAGUCAGGACAAGAGAAUAAGAUUAGAAUUAAUUUUUAGCCAAAGCAGAAAUUAAUUGCACCACACAGAGGCAAUGGGUAUAACAUUUCAAAGGCAGCAAGGUUGGAAAGCAGUCCAGAUUGUCGCAAAUACUUGGAGGUCUGGACUUUAAAUCUGGUUAUGGGUUCAUGUUUUGCAGUUUCAUGUAGCAAAUUUUUGUGGGAAUUAUUUUUAUCUAUUAUUUUCAAGCAGUUGGAAGCAAUAUAUUUAUCCCAUUUUUUUCCCCUUGAGGAUAAAACUGAAACUAUAAACUUUUGUCAUCUACUAUAUUUAGGAAAUAAAAGCUUCAUUUCACUCAUUGCAGACUUGUACCACCAUCAGUACAGGCUUGACUUCGCUUCCGUAUUAAUUAUGAUUGACAGCUUAAUUCCCAGACUGAUUGCAAACUAGUUAGCUGUUAUUUGAGUAUGAGAGCUCCCAAAUAGAAGAGAUCUACUCCCCCAUUUAAUUGCUGGCUUGUUACUUGGUCAAAGGUUCUUAAAUCUUAGUAUUGCUUUUUGGUAUUCAACUCCUUUUAAUUAAACCCUUUGCACUUUUCUUUGCCUGUCAUCCAUAACAAAGUAAGUCAAGGUAUUUGAUUUUUUAUCUCUUUGUUUGGUUUGCACAAUGACAUGCCUUUGUAAAUUUUAUUGGGGUUUCUAGACAUUAAAGGUAAUGGUUAUGUGCUUUCAAGUUGAGCAGAGCUCUGUACCAAGUAUCCUGACUCGGUAACUUUUACUGGCAUUUAUUAUGUAAAAUUACUAAAUAAUAUUUUUUUUUAUUUAUACUCAAGAUAAUCUGUUUCCAAGUCACCUUUUCAGUAUUUGACAAACAUAAAUUACUGUAAUUUAUUUUGAGUACUAAUGAUAAAACACAGGUCACAUCUUCCUCUGGUUCCACUAUUUUGACUUUCUAAAGCAUUUCAUUGGCUAAAGCUUGUUUAUCUGUUUCCUGAAGAAUAAUUUGAGUUUCAUUUUAAGUACAAAAUCCUGGUCUUUUUUUAUGUAAAAAGAUGGGAUCAAAGAUGUACAUUCCAUAGCAGGCUAGGAUUCUGUGGCCGUAUCAUUCCCAGGAAUCAAAGCCAAGGUCAACUCUAUUUUUAGAUACCCUUCAACAAUAAGUAUAUCUCCUCGAUCAGCUUUAACUUUCAACUGAGUACCUCCUCUGGAACCAGUAUCUGUAACUGUGGGAUGGCUUUAAACUAAUUUUACCCACAAGAAAUGGGAUUGUUACUAUUAAAUUGUCUUCAAUCUUUCCUUGUAAUUCAUCCAUUAUGUAGGUUCCAGUAUUUCUUAGCAGUUCAGUGGUAACUUGUAAAUCAUGUUUUUAGUGCUUUUUCUUUUCAGGCACCAGUGUUUAACAUUGGGCAACAAACUAAGAGAGAUUGGACUUCAGUUUCCUUCUGUCUUUUUUUCCCUACAAAGAGCAGAUGCUCACCAAGUUUUUGGUUCUUACAAUAUAUGAUGAUGGAUCUUCAUUAGCUUUUGAAGAAAAGCAUUAAUAACAUGAGAUACGAGUCACCACAGAUCUGAUAUUUUGAAUUUCAAGGUAUCAUUUUAUCUAUUUUAUUUUAGGUAUAGUGUAGUCUGAUGAUUAUCUGUUGCCCUGAUACUACAGUAAAUUUUGACUUUACGCAUACCUAUAGAGUUAGGGAAAGAUGCCAUUAAAUAGACCAUCUUAAAGUAAUGGGUGGCAAUUGAAUUUCAAGAAAAUGUUUUGAGAAAUACCAAUAAGGAAGAGGAAAGUUGGCAGACCUGGACAAUAGUCCCAGGAGACAGUGAAUCAGAGAGGGUUGUGGCAUUGAUGAAGUGAGGUGGUAGAGGUGCAUGGAGUGAUAAGUAAUGUUGGAUUUUGUUAUUCAUUAAUUUACACGUUUCUUGUACUGUAGGUGAGACACUGCAAGUUGAAGGCAUUCAUUGAUUUAGGCUCUGUUUUGGCCCAGUGUAGGAUUAAUGAUUUUACUGAAGACAAGAGUUUAGUUCCUUGUUGGAUGAGUCAGUUACGUGCUCGACUACUGAUCUCAGGGUCUGGGUUCGAUUCCCUGCUCUGCCAACACGGAAUCAAAGGAACUUAUUUCUGGUGAUAGAAAUUCAUUUCUCGAUGUGGUUCAGCUCCCACAAUAAGCUGUAGGUCCUGUUGCCUAGUAACCAGUUGGUUUCUAGCCACAUAAAAAUGUCUAAUCCUUUGGGCCAUCCCUAGGAGAGCUGCUAAUCAGCUCAGUGUUCUGGUAAAACUAAGAUAUACUAUACUGAAGACAAGAUAUAUGUAUUCUCAUUUUUAACUAAAAUGAAAUGGGAUAGGUACUAGAUAGGGAGGGGAACUCUGACAUGGAAAAAAGUUUUAAGAAGUUGUGAUACAAUCUAAACUGACUGUUCAUUUUACUUUUACCUUGGAAGCAUUAGUAAAUCUUGACUACCCAGGUUGGGCAAAGAUAAGAGAAAGUGUAAAUGAGUAGGGAUACAGUAAAUUCUUGGAACAUGACGUUGAGCAGCUGUCAGGCAGCUAUAGGGAAUCUUGUAACUUAAACAAGUUUUAGGACAGUAGGAAACCAGUUGUGGGAUGUAGGCAGCCUUGGUUCUUCAGGUGACCAUACAGACACACUUGAUGUAAAAGUGAUACAUAGGACUCAACAUCAGACAGCCAAAUGUUAGUCUUGCCGGAGUGCUGAGAAAGAUCCAAAUCCUGUUGUUGUGUCUUGAAAGCCUAAGAUGUAUUGCUAAAACCACUUACCUUUUUUGUUGUUGAUAGCCUUGCAUUGAGCAUAUUGUCAUAUAAGGAUUUUGUCAUUAUGUACUAAGGUCUCUAUUCCAAAAUGAAAUGUCUGUUGUGUAAAUAAUUUAUAAAGUUGUUGAGGUCAA